AUGACAGAUGAAAGCACCCUUCCUACGUCGGCAUUUGAUCCAACAAACGGCAGUCUUACAGGCGGUUAUUAUGAUAAUCAGUCUUUAGGCGUCGCCCAAGGUGUUGCUCUCUUCAUCAUCUUUCUUAUGAUAUGCAUCACAGGAAUCAUCGGAAACUCCAUCGUGAUCCUCGCCAUUGUUCUCUCUCGCAAGCUCAGAUCGACCCUCAACUGGUUUAUCCUGAACCUUGCAUGUGCCGAUCUGUUGACGUCGAUCUGCAUUCCCUUUCAAAACAGUCCGAAUGACUGGACCUUUUACUUGUCGUUACAUUUCAUGUGGGCCUGUGUUGGCGUAAGCCUUACAACCCAUGCUUUCCUUGGCUUCACCAGUUGGUAUCGCGUCACGAGAAACCAAGAAAAAUUCAAGAAACUUUACAAGGCUCGAAACUUAUGCCUUAUGAUUGCUUUCACGUGGUUGAUUAACUUCUCCCUUUCCUUCUCAAGUGGCGUAUUAGACAAUGAAAAAGUUCGCUUUGUCGGAGCCUUUUGGGUCUUCGGGCAUUGUGCAAUUGUUGUCACUGUGUACCUAAAACUAUGGAGGUUCAUUGCACACCUAGCAGAGAAGACGAAGCCAACGAAGAAAGUCGACGAAAAGAUACAAAAUGCAAUAUGCAUGGACACAUUAUGCCCCGAUGAAAACCAAGUUACCCAACAAGGCGGUUUGGUCAUUGAGAAUACUGUUUUGAGGGCAUCUCAUUCGUCCGAGCAUUUAGGAAGCCAGACCUGCGACAAAUCAAAAGGUGAAAGACUCAAAUCUGGUCAGCCGGAGAACCACAUGCAGGAUGCGAAGGCUUUGACGGUAUCCCCAUCUCUGGAAGAGAUAAAAAGCACAGUUGGCGAAUAUGACAGAGGAGCGAAAGAAGUACCAGUACGUGUCGAUGGAUUGGAAACCAAAUUACCUCUCAAGAAACAGACACAACCUAAAAUUGACAAGAAGCUUCUUGCUGUUACCAAGAAUCUGUUGGUCAUUCUCGUUGCUUUUGUCAUCUGCUUCAUUCCUUACGCUAGGUUACUGCAGAUCAAUCACCUGUACUGUAUCUAG